AUUCCCAAACAAAACAACAAAAAACAAAACCAAAAAAAAAAAAAAAACACAAUGCAGCAGAUUCACAAACUCUGUUUUCUUGCUCUGUUCUUAGCUCACGCAGCUUUUGCCGUCAAGUUCAACUUCAAGACCUUCGAUGGAAACAACUUGUUCUUCCUCGGAGACGCAGAGCUUGGUCCUUCCUCCGAUGCUGGCAUAGCCCGAUCCGGAGCUUUAUCCAUGACCCGAGACGAAACCCCAUUUUCUCACGGCCAAGGUCUCUACAUCAAUCCAAUCCCUUUCAAGCCUUCAAACGAUUCUUCUCCUUACUCAUUCGAAACCUCUUUCACGUUCUCCAUCACUCCUAAAACCAAAUCAAACUCCGGUCAAGGCCUCGCCUUCAUCAUCGUCCCCGCCGCCGAUAACUCCGGCGCUUCCGGCGGUGGAUUCCUCGGAAUCCUCAACAAAACCAACAACGGUAAGCCAGAAAACCACAUCUUCGCUGUCGAAUUCGACACUUUCCAGAACAAAGAUUUCCAAGACAUUAGUGGCAAUCAUGUUGGACUCAACGUCAACUCCAUGACAUCAAAUGUCGCUACAGAAGCUGGUUAUUGGGUUCAGACAGUGGUCGGGAAAAGGAAAGUUUGGUCCUUUAAAGAUGUGAACUUGAGCAGUGGAGAGAGGUUUAAGGCUUGGGUUGAGUUCAGAAACAGAGACAAUAGGAUCACGAUUACGCUCGCGCCUGAAAACGUCAAGAAACCGAAGAGACCUUUGAUCCAAGGUCCGAGAGAGCUCAAUGAUGUUCUCUUUCAAAACAUGUACGCUGGUUUUGCUGGUGCCAUGGGACGUGGCGUUGAGCGUCACGACAUUUGGAGCUGGUCCUUCGAAAACGGCGCCAAAAACAAUUAAAACCGGUUUUGGCUACCGGCUACGUCUCGUUUCCUUUAUUUAUGCUUAAUAAACCGGAGUGAAUAAUUAACGGUUUGAAUAAAAAAGCCUCCUAAUCUGUGUGGCUUACUCCGAUUCGUAUUGUAUUUUCAUUUCUUCUCUUUUUAUUUUUGGUCGAACAUUGUAUUUUCAUAUUUGAAUUCAGAGAUUGAUAAUAAAAGAAACUUUCUUUUCACAUU